AUGUAUCGGAAGUUGUCUAAGUUAGAACACUCGGAAAUACAACAACUUCUUACAGAAGCUAAUAUAGAUGUUGCAAAGCAUUACGCAACAAACAAAAAAGCACUCGCUGACAUCCUCAAUGACUAUAAUGGUGCAAUAAGUUAUGAUAGAAUUCAUGAGUUCAUAAAGCCGCAACGCGGCGAGGACGAAGUCCAUGCAAGAGCAUUUCCUUUAAAUGACGUUGCUAUUGACUUAUAUCAUAGACGUUCAGUACCUCAUGAAGUAAGAAGAGAAAUGUUUGACAUAACAAAUGCAAACGUUGGUGAAACAAGAAGAAGAGACGACACACUGAAACAACAGAGAAGAGAGAUGUUUAAGAGCGCUAUAGAACAAGUUCGCAAAGCUAACGAUGUCCUUCGUUCCAUUGACGACAAACCAAAAGAAGGUGAGAGAUGGUUAAAGAAAGAUGAAGAGAAUAGGAAGAGGAAUGUUAAGACAGGCAAUAGACUCAUUGACUUUAACAUCGAAGCUUUAGAUGAACCAAACAGAGACUACUUACACAAACAUUUCGGUAAGGUUUUCAUGAGACUCUUAGAGAAGAUUAAAAUAAACUCCCAACAAAGAUGGAUGGUAUGUUAUAAACUUGGUGGAAAGUAUGAAUGUUCUACGUUAAACCUCAAUAAUAUUGGAACAUUACUACAUCAGCUCUUGAAGGAGAACUUUAUAUCAGAGAUAGAAGCAAAUGCCGCAGGUAUUGUUGAAAUGCACUAUGACUUCUUCUUGACAAACAUAAAGAAUAUUACUGAAAUAAAGAUGUAUGAUUUAACAGAAUAUGAAGGCUUAACGAUGUCAGAUGUAAAGAAAGGCAAACCAAAAAAGAGACCAUAUAGAGAUGAAAGCACACUGACAAAUGACCAGAAAGCCAUUUUGGAAGCUCUUAAGCAAACAGGAAACCCAGCACUUAUAGAAAGCUUUUGGAAAGAUAAUGGUGAAAAGAA